CACGAUCCCGGAUGCAAAUUGACAAAGCGAAUGAUCGUAGACGAAAAAGUGGUCGACACAGAGAAGCGUCGCCUUUCUAGCAAACAUUACGUUUACAAGAUCAGUGUGACGUGGUCAGAAGGCUCAACGUUAGCCAUUUACCGUCGCUACAGCAAUUCUUUGAAGUGCAGGUAUGACAGCAGAGUGAUCACAAUGCGACUCGAAAAAUACACAACGAAUGUGCUAGGAAGGAAGAUCUUUGGCAGAAGUCAUGUGCGCAAAGUGGCAAUGAAGUAAACUCGAUCGAUAAGUAUUGCAGGUUGUUGGUGCGAUGUCCUUCCAAAGUGUCUGAGUGUGAUGUGGUAAUGGAAUUUUUAACGUAUGGCUUGACGACAAUGGCCCACAUACAGGAAUAUUUCAAGGCAAAGAAGAGCAAAGUGUCAUGUAUUCCUUCAAAGCCACGCUCACGUUUCAUUGUCUCAACAAUCUAGACUCAUUACUUGUGCACUCAUUAUGCACUCGUAUGAGAUUAUAGAUGAUGAUUUAGAGUAAUACAUGGCCAUCGCAGAUUACAAAAGCAGCAGAAGAAUGAAGUUAACUUGAAAGGUGGAGAGCUCGUUGAGGUUGUAGAGCAAAAUGAGAAUGGAUGGUGGUUUGUUCGUGUCGAUUAUCAGCAGGAUUGGGUGCCUCGUACCUGGAGAAGGCAGAUGGGACAGAAGAGCCAGAAGGAAAGAGAUUAAGCCAGGAAAGAUACCUAGACAACACUUGAAUGCACUCAGACUUACAAGCAACUUGCUUCAGAGUUGGUGAUACUUACAGGGACGAUACCAACGCUAACAUAGGAAUACAAUGUUGUGCAAGAAAGAUGCAUGAUGAUCAGAAGAGAUUAAUAAGUGAGAGAAUGUGCGCUCUACUCUUUGAUGAUUCCACACGCACAAAAUGUGAUGGUCAGAAACUCCUAGGCUUAGUUCGUAUCUCCGUUUGUUUUGAAGAUGGCAACAGUUGGCGCUUGCUAUUUCAAGUACCGUUGUCUCUCAGAUGGAACUCCACAUGCUGUGAGUUGAUAAAUUGGUGUGUGACGAUUUGGGAGAUCAAUGCAAAAGGUUGCUUUUCAAACAAUGACAUCUCAUUUGUAGCAAUUAGCAACAUGAGCUGUUGGACAGGAAGUUGGAAAGGGGGAGGUUGGUAAUGGGAAAGUAUUUGAGACCAUGUUUGGUAGAUGACCUUUGCACACAUUAGAUUAGGUGGAAAUGUUCUAUUUCAGACUAGAACGUAACUCCCCCUUGGAUGUGGGGUGUGUGAGGAGGAGUAUAUAAGAGCAAGCUCACCAGCUCACUUCAUCAGUAUCGAGGAUAUCGGUCAUCAUCAUGUUUUCAUUUUUUGUGACAGUUCUUGUGCUCAUUCAAGUCAUUGCUACUUGUGGUGGUCAAAGUGUGUCAGAUGAGAGAAAUCAGCAGACAUGUGUGUCUGCUGGUGUACCUGGAAUACCUGGAUCACCUGGAGUUAAUGGAUCACCUGGACGAGAUGGAAUGAAAGGAGAAAAGGGGAUGAACGGAGAGAAAGGAUUAGUUGGAGAUGGUGGUGCACAAGGAAUAAAAGGAGAAGAAGGAAGGAAAGGAAUAAAGGGAGAGAGAGGGCUAGUUGGAGAUGUCGGUGGUAAAGGUAUUGCUGGGAAGAUAGGUUCACAAGGCCUGCAAGGUCCACAAGGUCCACGAGGGAUAAAGGGAGAAACAGGAAGGAAAGGAGAGAAAGGAGAAGCUAUGACACUCAACUGGAAACAGUGUGUGUGGGAUAGAAAUGAUAAUAAGGACAGCGGUCUGAUUCAGAACUGUAAUUUUAGGAAACAUGACAGCAAUUCAGCUCUACGUGUUGCAUAUGCAGGAAAUCUCAGGGUUUACUGCUCCAGUGGUGAGUGCUGUUCUCGAUGGUAUUUUACAUUCAACGGUAACGAGUGCAGUGGGCCUAUGACUAUUGAGGGAGCUGUGUAUGGUAAUCCAGUUAAUGAUGAUCCUCUCCGUCCCAGACAGAUUGAGGGAUACUGUGAGAACAUUCCAGCAGGUCAAGUCACAAUUGGAUUCAACAUUGGAAACUGCAGAUAUACAUCAGCAACGUAUGAUGGCCGUACAGGAUGGGAAUCAGUAUCUCGUAUUAUGAUUGCAGAAGUUCCUCCAUCACAAAAGUAACUGAAUUAGAGAGAAAUUAGAACUUGUGUUCAGUAUAGUUUGCAGUACGUACAGUACGAGGUAGCUGAUGUAGGAGGCUGGAUGGUGCGCGUGCAUGUCUCUCUUUGCCGUAUGUGAGUAUAUGUAUGAUUAAAGUAGCUGCAACAACUAACAAUCGAUAUCGUUCGUCAAAGUUACAGAACAAA